CUAAUUUUGAUAACACUUUACUGUUCCUAGAAAGUCACUGCGCGACUAUAAUGUUUGCAUAGCGAAGUAAACAUGGCGACGGAAAGCACUUGCGUAGUUGAAUGUGAGGAACAGAUUUCAUAAUAUCUCGAGAGGUGAUGAUUUCAAGGAGCUGUCACAGUCAUGGAGUUUGAAUUCAGUGUAAACGCUUUACUUGAAGAUGUCAUUACCAGACUGGACCGUCGUGUUCUGCCACGGGGAUCUCAUAUGAACAAUGACAGAAGCCGAGACCACAGAAGGCAGCUUCUCCAUGCCAUUGACAGUAUGGGGGAGGCAUCAGCCAAGGCUCAAGGCCUGUAUGGAGCCAUCACAGGAGGGCGUAAACUGGAACUGUCUGAUCACAUUCUCUAUCUCAUGAAGGAUCCAGGUGCCAACAAUGGCCGAGGUGCAAUAGUUGGACUGCUGAAGACGGGACACAAGAAACUGUUUGUGUACGACAACUUCGGGGUGCAGCAUGAAAUGAUGCCAUUGUGCAUACUGGACUUCUAUGUCCAUGAGUCCAGGCAGAGGCAGGGGUGUGGCAGGCGGCUCUUCGAAUACAUGCUCAAGGAUUUCAGUGUGAAAAUGUGCGCCCCCAAUCAUUUUGCCAUUGACAAGCCGUCACACAAGUUCUCCAUGUUUCUGGCCAAACAUUACAACCUGAGGGCAGUCAUACCACAGGUCAACAACUUUGUUGUUUUCGAGGGAUUCUUCUCAAACAGAACAGACGUGGAUCAGAGCAGAUCCAGAAGUGGUCGACCUCCUGUUUACAGAAAACCAGAGGAGCAAAGGAAUGCUGGAAUGCACAGUAGAGCCUACACAAUGGACAGUAAACCACCACCUGGUCAUGUGCGGGGUCGGCCACCAUCUGGCAAGUCCUCUCACAGAUGUCCGAACCCUCCUCCAGUUAACCCACAUGCUGCUCAAGAAAACAAUCAAAAUCCUGAGAUGAAUGAUCUAAACUUCAACUCCCGACCAAACAGUGGCUCUAAAAAGGCCGAGAUGCCCCGUCACAGGAGCCCCAACCCAGUGCACCUGGACAUGCGAAGUUUGUCAGCAGGCAGUAACAGCAGCCGUGGCCUCGGUGCAGGCAUCAACAUGUACAGCCGACACAACGCUGCCCCACCGGACAACCGUUUACAGAGGCACAGCAGUCUAGACAGACUUAAUGCACUGGAGUCAAGAGUACAGGAUCCUGGUCCGCCGAUGUUGCAGCGUGCAGGUCCUCCUCCAGGCUACGCUGAGAUGAUGAAUCUCCAUCAGGACUACCAGGGCAGACAGGGGCAUCUCAAACUGCAGUCACACUCAUCAUCCACCCUCCCACAAGUCCAUCGACCCCCACACAUCAACAGUUACCACAACCCUGGGGGCCGGACCCAUGUUCCAGUGCUGUACAAUCCCCCCUCUGCACGGUCAGCCUUCACCCCAUCACCAGCCGCUCACAAGGACACCACCUGGACUGUCCACGGCAUCGUCCCCAAUCACAGGAGCAUCGUCGUCAACGCGACACAACAUGCACAGUCGCUUGUGGUGACCAUGGCUCAAUGGAUAAAUAUGAAUCUCUUAUAAUAAAAUCUCCACUGUGUGACACAUGUAGAACACCAUGCCUGCUCAGGGUUGAAUUGUUAGAUCACAGGCCUUCAUUUUCCCACCUAACAAAUACAUUUAAUCAGGGACCAUAUAAUAGAGGGACAGCCCUCCCCAACAGUUUGUCACCAACCAUCAGCGCUGACGGCCUGGCAUGUAACCGAUACACAUCGACACCCUGCUGCUAACUUCCCUCUACCGGUACACAUGCGCAACAGAUGCGCAAACAUUCGCAAAUGAGCACUCUGGUAACCACGUAAACAAUAUUGCGUAAUAU